CACUGUCUAAAUCUCAAAAGUUAUUAUGAAUAGAUCUGGCUGUAUUCGAAGUUAAACAGAAGAAGUUUGCCCUGAAACUCUCAUAUAUAAGAGGAAGUCAGUCUUCCCCUUCUGCAUCAUUGCCAAUUAAGUUCACAGAGAUUCAGUCAGAGAUUCAAAAAGGUUGCCUUGUGUUCGCCUAGUACAAAACAUGAAGCAAAAGAUAAUUGUGAGAGUGCAAAUGAACUGUGACAAAUGCAGAACCAAAGCCAUGAAGAUUGCUGCAGUUGAAGAAGGUGUGAUCUCAGUGGCUAUAGAAGGAGCUGAAAAGGAUCGGGUUGUGGUGAUUGGAGACGGAGUUGAUUCAGCUAGCUUGACCUGCUGUCUGAGGAAGAAGCUUGGGUAUGCGACUCUUGUAAGCGUGGAAGAAGUAAAGGAAAAGCCAAAGCCAAAGCCAGAUCCGAAGACUUGUUGUCAAAGCCAACAGGUUUUUAUUGCUAGCAUGGGCUAUGCAGAUGAACCUAAUUGCUCCAUCAUGUGAGGUUUAGCAUGGAUCAUGCCCGGCCUAUUAAUAAGUUGUACCUUUCUUGUUCUUCAAUUAGACCUUGUUUCUCUCUUUGGAUGUUCCGAGUAACGGAGAUUGCAAUUCUCUUAA